GUUCAAGAUGGCGGCUUCAAGUGGGAAGAAAGAGCUGAAAGAGAUCAAAAUGUGAGCAUUUAGAAAUAAAAUUUCCUGUUUUGUCUUCGUCUGAAUGAACAUCAAAGAUGUUCACUUUGCUCUCCGGAUUAUGGCGUUACAUGUUUCAGAAAGACGAAUAUUAUAUACUCAUUUUGGGGGUGGAUAACGUCGGCAAAACGACGUUCUUGGAACAAGUGAAAAGAAAGUUUAAUAGCGAUUACAGAGGGAUUCCUUUUGAGAAAAUAACAAAUACAGUUGGUUUGAAUAUUGGUAAAGUUGAUGUUUCUGGUGUACGUUUACUGUUCUGGGACCUCGGAGGACACCAGGACCUCCAGUCACUCUGGGAUAAGUACUAUCAAGAGUGCCAUGGUCUUAUAUAUCUUGUUGAUUCAGUUGAUGAAUCAAGACAUGAUGAAGCUGCCAAAGUGUUCAGUCAUGUGAUCCAAAGUCCUGAUCUUGAAAAUGUCCCACUUUUGGUACUGUUUAAUAAACAAGACUCCCAGAAUGCAAGACCUGUAGAAGAUAUCAAGGACGCAUUCAAAGAUGUCACACCAUACAUUGGAAGGCGAGAUUGCACAGUUCAACCAAUCUCAGCUUUGGAAGGAGACGGCGUUGAAAAUGGAAUUGACUGGAUGGUUCGAUGUGUUAAACGGAACAUCUACAGACCAGCUCACACCAAGUAUGAGUUAGCCUAAUUUACUUAUUAGUGUGUCACUGCCUUAGCAUCGUCAGACUCAAAAGUCAUAGGUUUUUUCCCGGCGAAAACGGCACCAGCUUUAGGCCCGCGCGUGUUGCGAGUUUUCGAUCCCAAUACCGCGCGAUAAAACUGGAUGGAGCAACGGUCUGCAAUUGCUCUAAGCAAUCGCUUAUAUAGCCAGGUGCUUCCUGCAAAUAUAGCGAUUUUGCAAACCAUAUACCGACCGCUUGUUCAGCUCAUGUUGAGAAACGUUCUAAACCUCUUCUUGGAAUGCAGUUCCGAGAAAUACAGAACACGAGGUGUUGAUUGACGCCUGCAAAUGUUGUUGCA